AUGGCUUUCCAUGUGGAGGGGCUGGUGGCCGUAGUUGUAUUCUACCUGGCUAUCCUGGCAGUUGGGAUAUGGGCUGCUUGGAAAACCAAGAACACCGGCAGCGAAGGAGAUCGCAGUGAAGCUAUUAUAGUCGGUGGAAGAGACAUUGGCUUGUUAGUUGGUGGAUUUACCAUGACCGCCACAUGGGUUGGAGGAGGUUACAUCAAUGGGACAGCAGAAGCUGUGUAUGUCCCAGGCUACGGUCUAGCUUGGGCUCAGGCACCUAUUGGAUAUUCCCUUAGUCUGGUUUUAGGUGGCCUUUUUUUUGCAAAACCCAUGCGAUCCAAAGGCUAUGUGACAAUGCUAGAUCCUUUUCAGCAGCUUUAUGGAAAAAGGAUGGGAGGGCUACUAUUUAUUCCAGCUUUAAUGGGAGAAAUGUUUUGGGCUGCUGCCAUCUUCUCUGCCUUAGGUGCCACUAUAAGUGUGAUCAUUGACAUUGACGUCAAUAUUUCAGUCAUUAUUUCUGCCCUGAUUGCAACUAUGUACACGCUUGUGGGUGGGCUUUAUUCUGUGGCCUACACUGACGUAGUUCAGCUCUUCUGCAUCUUCCUGGGACUGUGGAUCAGCGUACCCUUUGCGAUGUCCCACCCUGCAGUGACAGACAUUGGGCUCACAGCUGUGCACCAGGUGCACCAAGCACCUUGGCUUGGAUCUAUCAACUCACUUGACAUUUACACAUGGCUGGACAAUUUCCUUUUACUGACAUUAGGAGGAAUCCCAUGGCAAGCGUAUUUCCAGCGAGUUCUUUCUUCAUCUUCUGCCACAUACGCGCAAGUUCUGUCAUUUUUGGCUGCUUUUGGCUGUCUUGUGAUGGCACUUCCCGCAGUACUCAUUGGUGCAAUUGGAGCAUCUACAGCCUGGAAUGAGACUGAGUAUGGUGUCCCUGACCCCAUGGCUAAAAAAGAAGCAGAUAUGAUUUUACCAAUCGUGCUCCAGUACCUCUGCCCAGUCUAUAUCUCGUUCUUUGGCCUUGGCGCUGUAUCUGCUGCCGUGAUGUCGUCAGCUGACUCUUCAAUUUUAUCAGCAAGUUCUAUGUUUGCUCGGAACAUUUACCAGCUUUCCUUUCGGCAAAACGCUUCAGACAGGGAAAUCGUAUGGGUCAUGAGAAUCACUGUUUUUCUGUUUGGAGCAUCAGCAACAGCAAUGGCACUGCUGGCUUCGUCAGUGUAUGGCCUGUGGUACCUCAGCUCUGACCUUGUUUAUAUCAUCAUAUUCCCCCAGCUCCUGUGUGUGUUAUUUAUUAAAGGAACCAACACCUAUGGUGCCAUUGCAGGAUACUUAUUUGGCCUUGUUCUCAGAAUAACCGGAGGAGAACCGUACCUCUACCUUCAGCCCUUGAUCUACUAUCCUGGCUGCUAUCCCGAUGAAAAUAAUAUCUAUACCCAGCGAUUCCCAUUUAAAACACUUGCAAUGCUUACCUCCUUCUUUACUAACAUUAUAGUCUCCUACUUAGCCAAAUACUUAUUUGAGAGUGGGACUUUGCCACCAAAGCUGGACUUCCUUGAUGCUGUUGUUGCCAGGUACAGUAGAGAACACAUGGACAAAGCAACUCUUGUAAAAAGUGACAAUAUUGUAUUAAACGAACUUGCACCCGUGAAUCCACGACACAGUCUAACUUUGAGCUCCACUUUCACAAACAAGGAAGCCUUCAAUUAUGUUGAUUCGAGUCCAGAGCUGUCCAACGCUGAAGACAAUUAA